GCUGAAUGAGUUAUCCUCCACCACAGUAUUAUCCAUCCAGUUCACGUUAUCCACCGCCGAGCGUUGAUAAUGCGGAUAGAGAAUAUUUUCAACAAAAAGUUUAUCAUUACUUAAAUAAGUUACGUGAAUUUUUGCAAGAGGUACCUUAUGAUAUGCGACCAAAUAUUAACGAGGAUAUUAUUCAACGAUUAGCCCAUGUCUUAGCUGAAGGCAAAGUAUUUACAACUGUAUCUGAAUUAAUUGAUAGCCAACGUAUUGAAGAGCAAAUACUGCACAAACAACUGGUUGAUUUACGUGCUGAACAAUCUGCCACUCGAUCUGCAUUAAGACGAAAACAUCGAGAUGAAAUUUCUAUGAAUUCAUCACGACCUCAUCAUUUACCAGUGCUACAUCGACAACAUGAACAAGAAACACAGAGAUUGUCUAAAACUCAGUCAGAUGCUUUUCGCAGUUUAUUAUUACGAAUAUUAGAUUCAUUAGAUGGACGUGUUGUGGAACAACAAUUAGCCUUAGAACGUUUAGGUGUUCCAACAUUUACACGAACAACAGAUCCUGAUACAAUACGUAUUCAAAUGAAAAUUUUAGACUGGAUUGUACGUUUAGCACAUCGGCCAUUACAAUCUUUCAGUGUAGCCAGUUCUUCUACAUAUUCCACUUUAUGGCCACCAUGAAUGUUACUCAUAGAGAUUAUUUUCUGUUUUGUUUUUCUUUUAUUAUCUCAUUACUUUCUCUGUUUAUCUCUUUUUGUUUCAUCCAAUUUAUAAAAUUUAAAUAUCAUUUUGAUUCCCUGUAAAAAAACACAAAAGAAACAUAAUAUCAAUCAAAUGAAAUGAAUUACUUUUACCUAUCUGAAUAAGUAGGUUAUAAGUAAUAUCUAGCAUAUACACUGAAAAAGAAUGUUACAAUUUUAAAGUCUGCUCAAAAUCUGCAUUUUUGUUAAAGUAUUCUGGUUUCUAUGUGUGUUCUUUUUUUUCCUAUUACAUAAAUGAAUAAAAUUGAUAAACCGUCAGACAUUUAUUGUAUUGCUUACUGUAAUUUCUUUCGGUGGUAAAAACCAUGCACUUCCAAGAAUGGAAUGAUGUAUAUUUUUGAAGAUUUUAUAAUGAUUAUUCUGUAGAAUAAUGGUGAUAUCAAUUUGGCAUGCUACAAGUGGCAUGCUAUUGUAUAUUGAUUAUCCUUUUUCAAAAUGUAAACAGAUUGAUUGUGUAAAUUGUUCUAUUGAUAUAUAUGUAUGUAUGUAUGUGUAUAUACUUUUUGUGUAGCU